GCACCACGGACAGCGCAUCGGAGAGCAGGAGUCGAGAGAUCAGCUCAGCAGCGCACUGUCAUGCCUUCUUGAACUACCACAGCCUUCAUUGUACACUGCGGUCGUACUAAGUCGUUCUCGCAAGCGAAAACUCUCUUAUUUUGUUUCUGUCGGGAGUCGCAAUAAAAGGAGGCAAAAUCGCGGCAGGAAUAAUUGCUUUUCGUUUGCAAGUAAAGACCAGCCUAUUUGACGGUGUGAGCCUUACAUCAUCGUGAGGCAGUGAGAGACAGAGAGAAAGAGCGAGCGGGAGAGUGAGAGCACUUGCGCCAGGCUCUUCUCUGCCAGUCCUCAGUCGCAAAGCGAGGCUGACGGAUCUCACUGGCGAUUUCGCCUCUCUGCUCCGUGGUCCCUCUCCCGUUCGCCUGCGCAGCUCACCGGCCAUGAAGAUGCACCGGCAGCGUCCUGCCCAGAGACCGUCGUUGUUGUUACCCCUCGUUUUGUGGAUUUUCUGCCACGUCAACAGUGUUCACGGAGCUCUACCAACAACCCAGAAGUGUGAUGAGGCUCUAGCCUCUCCGCUGCCUCACACGGCCUUCACCAGCUCAUCCGUCUUCUCCAGUGGAUAUGCACCUGGAUAUGCCAAACUCAACAGGAGAGGAGGUGCUGGAGGAUGGUCGCCUCUGGACAGUGACCAUUACCAGUGGCUCCAGGUGGACCUUGGUUCUCGAAGACAAGUGAGCGCCAUUGCAACACAGGGUCGGUACAGCAGCUCAGACUGGACAACGCAGUACCGUCUGCUCUACAGUGACACGGGAAGGAACUGGAAACCAUAUCAUCAAGAUGGCAACAUUUGGGCGUUCUCCGGAAACUCCAAUUCAGAAAGUGCAGUUCGCCAUGAACUGCAGCAGGGAAUUGUGGCUCGAUUCCUCAGGCUCAUCCCAGUAGGCUGGAGUGAGGAGGGACGUAUUGGGCUCCGCAUAGAAGUGUACGGCUGCUCAUACUGGGCAGAUGUUAUCAACUUUGAUGGGCAGGGAGUAAUCUCAUAUCGUUUUAAGGUGAAGAAAAUGAAGAUUAUAAAAGAUGUGAUCGCCCUGAGAUUUAAAACAUCAGAGAGCGAAGGUGUAAUUCUCCAUGGGGAGGGGCAGCAGGGUGACUACAUCACUCUGGAGCUCCGCAAAGCCAAGUUACUACUGCAGAUAAACCUGGGCAGUAACCAGUACGGCUCUAUCCUGGGUCACACUUCUGUGACCACUGGCAGCCUCCUGGACGACAAUCACUGGCACUCGGUGGUGAUCGAACGCUACCGUCGCAAUGUCAACUUCACCUUAGACGGACACACUCAGCACUUCAGGACUAAUGGGGAAUUUGAUCAUCUCGACUUAGACUAUGAGUUAAGUUUUGGGGGGAUGCCAUACAGUGGGAAGCCUGUGGGAGGGGGGAGAAAAAACUUCAAAGGCUGCAUGGAGAGCAUCAACUACAACGGAGACAACAUUACAGACCUGGCCCGCCGAAAGAAACUAGACACUUCCAGCUUUCAGCGUAAUCUGUCUUUCACCUGCGUGGAGACACACACCUUCCCAGUCUUUUUCAACGCAACAAGUUUCCUGCAGCUACCUGGUCGAGCCAACCACAACACAGUGUCUGUGGGCUUCCAGUUUCGUACGUGGAACCCUGAUGCCCUUCUGCUCUUCAGUAAUCUCGAUGAUGGCACUCUAGAAAUCUCCCUUGAAGAAGGCAAAAUUAUAGUUCAUAUCAACGUUGUGACGGAAGCCAAAAAUUACCGGGUGGACUUACUAUCAGGCUCGAGCCUCAACGAUGGCCAGUGGCACGCUGUACGCCUGGUCGCCAAAGAGAACUUUGCGAUGUUGACAGUGGACGGUGAAGAAGUGUCUGCCGUGCGUUCCACCUCGCCUCUCAGCAUCACCACAGGAGGAACCUAUCACCUGGGAGGGUACUUUUUGCGAACACCGCUGCCACCAUCCCAGCGAUCCUUUCAGGGAUGCAUGCAAGCGAUCGUGGUAGACGACCAACCUGCUGAUUUGCAUGCAGUGGAGAAAGGCACAGUGGGAGCAUUUGAGAAUAUCAGCCUGGACAUGUGUGCAAUCAUAGACAGGUGUAUGCCUAAUCACUGUGAACACGGAGGCAGGUGUAAACAGACAUGGGACAGUUUUAGUUGUAACUGUGACGGAACAGGAUACAGUGGAGCAACCUGCCACACAUCCGUCCACGAGCCUUCAUGUGAGGCUUACAAACACCUGGGUUGGUCGUCUGACACCUACUGGAUUGACCCCGACGGUAGCGGACCCCUCGGCCCCUUCAAAGUAAACUGCAACAUGACAGAAGACAAAGUGUGGACAACUGUUAGGAACAACCUGCCACCCAGAAUAUCAAUCACCGGCUCGAGCAGAGAGAGACGAACUGUCCUCCAAGUCAACUACAGUUCCUCUAUGGAUCAGGUGACAGCCAUCACCACCAGUGCAGAACACUGUGAGCAGCAAAUCAUCUACAGCUGUCGCAUGUCCCGACUGCUCAACACCCCAGACGGACCCCCUUACACAUGGUGGGUUGGCCGAGGCAGCGAGAAGCAUUUUUAUUGGGGCGGAUCAGGACCUGGGAUAGAAAAGUGCGCCUGUGGCAUGGACAAAAACUGCACCGACCCCAAGUACGACUGCAACUGUGAUGCAGAUGCCAAACAAUGGUAA